AUGCCUCCAGAUACCUCUGCCGAGUUUACCCAAUCGCUUCUCGCGCGCGCCCACUCCCCCGACACCGUCUCCCGCAUCUACACGGAAAAGCUUCAGUAUCGCAACCUCCAUCUCCGCCCAACAUCUCCGCCACCACCAUCCAACGCGCGGAAAGCACGCCGUCUCGCCCGCGAAGAAUACAAAGCGCGCUCGAAAAAGCGACCCGCCCCCCUCUCCUCACGUCAGCGCCGCGCCCUCGGUCUUCACACCAUCCCGCGCCAGGGACAGAAGUACGCGACCUACGUGCCGCUGCACCGCCUCUGGCUCGGCUACGUCCGCGAGAUCCUCGGCGGUGAGGUCUACGGUGGACCUGGUGCCGCUGCCAAACUGAGCGCUGCCGAGUUUCACGGGGCUGAGAUCGAGGUUGUGCGUAGCAAUUGCCCCAGCCGUGUUGGCAUCAAGGGAAUUGUCCUGAAGGACGCGAGGUUCACUUUCGAGGUCGUGACAGCGCAGAACAAGGUCAAGCUUGUUCCGAAAGAGGGGACCAUGUUCCGGGUUGAGGUGCCUGUGGCGGACACGGAAGAAGCCACAGAAGCUGCUGGGACUGCGAUAGAUGCGCCACCCGCUGCCGCUGCCGUCUCGUCCAGUACGUUUGCCUUUGAGAUCAUGGGCGACCAGUUUCUUGUUCGCGGUGCCGAUCGUGCGGGCAGGAAGUUCAAGUCCCAUUUCUUGAAAGAUGUGUGA